UGCAAGAAAUUCCUCUUCUUGAAUUGUCACGGUGGCAAUGAAAAUCGAUUUGCAACGGAAGCAGAGUGCUAUCGCUUUUGUAGCAGUUCAGCGUGUGAACCUGGUGAAUCACUUGCUGGCUCUUCAUCGCAUACGCCACUAAUAUGUGAGAAGCCGUCGAUGUGCCCACAAGGUUUCAGAUGCGUCUACAACGAACUCUUCCGGAAACACUAUUGCUGUGGAUCUUCGAACAUCGAUGGCGUUUGUCCCAUGGGCUUUGUAUCGUACGCCUCUCCUGCAACAGACUCAGCACUGAGUUGUUCGCCAUCAGCCCACUCUGAUCAUUGCCCAGAAGGCUUUGUUUGCGUAGGACGUGAGCAGAAUGGAUAUUGUUGCAAACCGAGAGGAUGGUGUCCGAAUAACUCGAGACCGUUUGUGAAUCCUGAUAGUGGUCAACCGCAAAAAUGUACAGUUAAUGUGACAACAUGCAGGGUCGGCUACAGCUGUCAAAGCGAAAGCGGCUCCAUUGUCGGAUUCUGUUGUCCAGACUCACCCGCUACCGGCACCAAGCAGCUGGCUACAGAAGUGGAAGAGCCACGCUGGUUGCAAAAUCUCAGCAUCGCCGACGGGCUCAACUCAACGAUCGAGUCGAGUAAG